AUGAUGAUGAUGCAGAACAAGAAGGAGAAGGGCGUGGCUAAGACGGUGUGGGUGUGGUGGAACAUGGACCUCUGUCCGGUUCCCCGUGGUUAUGACGCUUAUCACGUGCGUUCGAGUAUAGAAUCGGCGCUCGUCAAGAACAAGUACUUGGAUCCUGCAGGUCGUGUGGACAUCACUGCCUUUGGCAACCUAAAAGGCGUCCCUAAUCGCGUCUUGCAACCCCUCUCUCUCUCUGGAAUCUCUCUUAGACACGCCCACCUCGGUGUGUUAGACUUUCUGAUGGAUUUGUGGAAGUGGGAAGAUGAUAAUCCACCUCCGGCUAGUCUAAUGGUCAUAUCCGGUCGUGAGUCUAUGUUGCACGAAGAUUUGUCCCGCCAAAAAGCCCUGGGAUACACCAUCUUUCGCGCAAUUCCACAACGUAUGGGAUUUUCCCCCCAAUACGCUUCCCAAGUGUGGCUCUGGAAAAGCUUACUCACAGGUGAAACAGGAGACAAGAGGAGGCUGGAGCAUCGUGAAACGGGUGAACCUGCUUUGUUUUGCAUGCUUUGCAGUUUUGCUGCCCAAACCUUUGAAGGUUUCACCAUGCAUCUCAAGGGUAGAGUACACGCAGUGAGUGAGUCGCACACCGUGCCUGGAAACUUGGAUCCUGAGUAUGCUGAUGAGCAAAUCGGGUGGAGACCAGGACGACCCUCGCGUGAUGCCAUGGCAUUGGCUGCUGAGGAGGAAGAGGCUUUCCUUCUUUCUCUUCCCAAGGAUGAGGAUGCUGCUGGGCAAAGCGGGUGGAGACCGCGAGCCUCGGGUGAUGCUACUACCAUGGCUGCUGACGAAGGAGAGGCUUCCCUUCAUUCUCAUCCCAAGGAUGCUACUACCAUGGCCUCAACAAGUGGCCUCAACAAGAAGCCGUGGGAAAAGCAAACAGGAGUGGAGACCACGAGCCUAGCUCCUCAAGAUCAUUGCCCGCAACAACAGGAAACACGAGCUGUGGGAGAAGCAAACAGCAUUGGAGGAUUAAGAACUUAG